AUGAAACAAGGUUUAAUUGGAAAUUUUUUUAAAAGGAUAUUGGAUGUUGGUAGUAGUGAUGAAAGUGGUGGAGGAAAAAGACCUCAUCCCCAACCACAACCACAACCACAAUUACAUCAUAUUCCACCUAGUUUUGAUAUUAAUAAUAUUCCUUCAGAUCUGACGGAUAGACCAAGAAUUACAUCAUAUCAUCCAAAUCAAAGAGAUGAAAUAAGGAGAGCAUAUUGGAUUAAAGGACCUUCUCAACCAAAAGUCCAUGAUUUUCCAUCAAUAAAGAUUGGUGGUAAGAACAGACGUUUUGUAAAGGAAUGGUUUGAUGAAUUUAAUUGGUUAGAGUAUAGCAUAAAAGAGAACAAAGCUUAUUGUUUAUGUUGUUGUUUGUUUGGAGACAUUGUGGGGCAACAAGGGGGCAGGGAUGUAUUUGUGACAGGAGGCUUUGACACUUGGAGUAAAAAGAAAUCAUUGAAAGAUCAUGAGGAAAAUGCUCCAAAAAAUGAAAAGUUGACGUCUCCAAAGAUUCAAAAAGAGAUUGUUCAAUGCUUUUCAAAAAAGAUAAUAAAGUCCAUCUGUGAAGAAAUUGGUAAUGAUGUGUUUACCAUAUUAGCAGACGAGUCUAGUGAUGUAUCCAAAAAGGAACAAAUGGCUAUGGUUUUCAAUAACUUGAGUAUAUCUCAGGUAAGAGGGCAAGGAUAUGAUGGAGCAAGUAAUACGUGGGAUGCAUUUAAUGGUUUGAAAGCAUUGAUAUUGAAAGAUAAUCAUUUGGCAUAUUAUAUACAUUGUUUUGCACACCAGCUUCAAUUAGUGGUUGUGACUGUAGCAAAAAACCAUGAUGGUGAUGAUGAUUUCUUUGAGCAAUUAGCUUUGGUGGUUAAUGUGGUGUGUGCUUCUUGUAAAAGAAAAUAUAUCAUACGAGAUAGCUACAAGGAAAGGGUUCAAAAAGAAAUUGGUAAUGGUGAAAUUGAGACCGGCAGAGGGUUAAAUCAGGAGACCUCUCUUGUUCAAGCCAGGGAUACAAAAUGGGGCUCACAUUAUAAAACAAUAAUAAGUUUGAAGAAUUUGUUUCCGGAGGUUAUCAAGAUUUUUGGUCUCACGAAUACCUUGUCAAAACAUCUUCAAAGAAAUGAUCAAAAUAUUUUGGAAGCGGCUUCUUUGGUAAAAGUGACGAUGAAAACGUUCAAAGCUUUUAGAAAUAAUGGGUUUCCUUCAAUGUUGGAGAAGAAACGUAGGGUUUCUCAUCACCUUUCCGUGGACAUAAAGUUCGUCGGAAACGGAUCAAGAAUAAAGAAGUUACAAUACUUUGAAGAUAUUGACAAUAAUGGCCCUUAA